AUGGCCUCCCCGGAAGUCGCGUCGGCACUGCAGGCAAUCGAGGCAGCUUCCGCCGCAGACAAGCCGUCUCAAUACUCGGCACUCCUCCAGCAGAUCUCCGCAAGUUCCACAAACCUCACUGCCGACCUCAACGCAUACGCACAAACCCUCCUCGAUGAUUCGCUCGGCAUAGUCGUCCUCCGCCCGCUUCUCGCCGCCUUCGUCGAGGCUUUCCGAAAUGUGAAGGACCCCGAUGUCAAGAUCGAUGUUGGAGAGAAGGUCAUAGGUCUGCUACAAUCCAAGGGCGCCGGCCAGUAUGAGGAACAGGACACACAGAUGAAGCUAGCAAUGGCGGAUGCGUUUGAAUCAGAUCAGGUCCAGGACUACAGGAAGUCUGCGCAAACAUUGGCGACAAUCAACCUGGAGUCGACACAGAAGUCGGUAACGCCAGACGACAAGGCCAAGGUGUGGAUUCGCAUUAUCAAGAACAUCAUCUUCAGCGUCCAGGACAAGGAGACUCGGUUACACUUUCACUUCAACCAAGCUCGCAUCUACGACUCACAACGCUCGUUCCUCGACGCCGCUCAAGCUUACUACACCAUUAGUUCAGAACCUCUGCUCGACCAGGAGGAGCGUGAACAGGCACUCGCAGCUGCGCUGAUAUGCGCUGUCCUGGCGCCAGCUGGUCCGCUGCGAGGAAGGAUGUUGGCCAAGCUGUACAAGGACGACCGUGCCCCAGGUCUGGAAUACUACUCGAUUCUCGAGAAGAUGUUCUUGGACCGUUUAUUGUCACCCGCCGAGAUCAAAGCAUUCGCCGCCACGCUGAAGCCACACCACCUUGCGAGAACGGCAGACGGCUCUACCGUGCUGGAUAAGGCUGUACUGGAGCACAACUUGCUGGGUGCCUCCAAGCUCUACAACAACAUCGGCUUCGACCAACUGGGCGAGCUACUGGGUGUCGACUCUGAAAAGGCAGAAGACUAUGCCGCGAAGAUGUUGGAGCAGGGUCGUCUGUCUGGCUACAUCGAUCAAAUUGACCGUUUGAUCUUCUUCGAGGGUGAAGCGAGUGGCGAGCGUAAGACAGGACAUGCAGAGCGACAGGUUGGCAAGGAGCUGCGGAAGUGGGAUGCCAAUGUCGCGGGACUGGCAGAAGAGGUGGAGAAGGUCACCACGAUGAUUCAGCUCGCGUAUCCGGAGUUCUACGCAGCUCAGGUGGUGCACUGA